CACCGUGACUCAAACCGCUGUCAUGUGACGGAUGUUUUUUGUAGACUCGUUUCCGCAAUCAAGAGAGUGAUUUUCGCCGUGUCAUGUGAACACAAACCUUUGGGUUGGUUCAUUUCCAACCCCUUGGGAACGUUUAUCGAUAACCAGAGGACUCCCCGCCGCUUCACAGCUGGGAACAGGUGACAACGACCCCGGCGGUCAGCCAUGGCGGACGAGGAGCGGUCACCGCUUCUGUCCGAGCAGCAAUACGGGACCAACGGCUUCUUCCCGCAGGGAGGCUCGGGUGGAUAUCCACAGAGUAUAGUGCCGUUCCCCAGCUUUGUGGCGCCCAGUGAGGCUCCCCCUCCGUACUCACCUCAGGGCAGCCCAGACAGUAGCGGCGCCCUGAUCAUCAGCUGCCGAGUCUGUCAGAGAGGCAUCCCUGUGGAGGGCAAAACGCAUCAGCAUGUUGUGAAGUGCAGCAUCUGCAACGAAGCUACGCCAAUAAAGAACGCCCCUGUAGGAAAGAAGUAUGUCCGCUGUCCGUGUAACUGUCUACUGAUCUGCAAAGUCACAUCUCAGAGGAUUGCCUGUCCGAGGCCAUACUGUAAGCGCAUUAUCAACCUGGGAACAGUCCACAUUGACAGUGACAGUCCAGAACCACGACACCAACUCGUCGGGCUCAGGGUCAUCUGUGGGCACUGUUCCAACACAUUCCUGUGGACAGAGAUUUCAGAUCGGACUUUGGCCAGAUGUCCACACUGCCGAAAAGUUUCUUCAGUUGGUCGGCGGUACCCGAGGAGGAGGAGCUGGCUGUGUUUCCUGCUCUUUGUUGUGCUGGUAUCAUCCACCGCUGGACUUUUGGUUGGUACAUGGAAGCCGGCCCAGCACUCAAAAGGCAUCUAUGUGUCGUGGGUGCUGCUGAUCCUGUUCGCUCUGUUCGCCUUGGCUAGAACCAUGUACUGGAGUUGUCUGAAGAUCAGCAACCCUGUGUCCAACAUCACAUAGAGAGACAGACAGGAACUGAAAGAAGAAGUGAAAGUCAGAGAUCAAGUUGAUGAAAACUGGUAAAUGAUCUGAGAGUUAGUUUGUUAACCUUAAAAAUAAUACAGGAAGGGAAAAUUAAUUGAGUAAAAUUUAAAAUAAUUAAAAUAUGCUAUAUUGGAUUUACACAAAGGAAAGAGCUGCUAGUUGCCCAAAAACAGCACUAAGAUCUUGUUGAUUAUUUUCUAUUUUCUGCCAUCAUCAAGUUCAAAAAGUAGAAGAAAAGGAAUCUGAUUUAAAAAGCAGGAUCAGCAUCUCAGCAAGGUACCUUCAGGUGUUGCAGAGUUUUUUAUGGUCGCUGAUUAAGCCUCUGCUACCAAUACAUCUAUAUCUUUGUUUACCAACCUAUCAGGUCUCAAAUUCAGUGUUUGCACCAAAGUGGUUCCAGUGCUAGACUAAGGUUGGAGCUGCAGCCGGUUCCUCAAAGACACAGCAAUGUACCGGUUUGGUUUUCUACAGCCAGAAGGCCAGAUCAGACCAAUGUACUUACGUCUCAUCCGGUAUAUGUUUGAUUCUCCCUCUGCUGCAUUUUGUGUUCCUGUGGAGGAUCACUUUGCAGGGAGAUGGUUUAUUUACACCAGUCACAGUAUUUAUCUCCGUAUCCCCGCAAACAGACAUCUUAAUAUCACAAAAGUCAUCUUUAAAGUCUGUUUUAAACAAUAGUUGUAUUUGUAAAUGUUCCUGGUAGCUCCAACCAGCCUCUUCAACCUCUGGUUAGUAUGCAAACUAUUGUUAGACUAACUAUUUCAAGGGAUAUUCAUUUACAUCAACCAUGUGGCGGUAAAUAUUGUGAGACUCUGAGCUCACUUUAUGUCGCUGCUGUUGCAACUUUUUAUUAAUGCUAAGGCCACUAUUAAGGGUUUCGGUUGUUUUUGACUUAAAUUUAAAAGAUGAGAAGUGGAACCAGCUCAGGAGUUUCAAAUGUGGUGCUCAGAACCUUUUUGUUGUUCUUUGGUCACAAUGAGCCCAUCUCCUGCUCCUAAACUAAGCAGUUCUUCUCCCUGGCCCAGCUCAGAGUUGGUUUUGAGACUGAACUGGUUUUACAGGGCCAGAGUCUGUGCUUUUUGGCAAUGGAAAAAGAGAGAGCACCAAUUUAGCACUUGGAAGUGUUUUGAUUUGUGUUCAAGAAAGAAAACGGCCUGAAAUCUAAAAUAAUGUAAAAAAUUGCUUUUCUGAAUUCAAAUUUGUUUUAGGACUAAGUGCUAUUAAAAUUGCAGUAUAUGAUGUUUGUAGUUUCCUUUUAAGGACGUUCCGUAUCUUCUAAAGUGUUUUUAAAUCGAUUAAAAAAAACACUGGAAAACUUUGCACUUUUUUAUGUAGUGAGAUCCAAUAAGUUUUGAGGCAUUCACAGUAACAUUAAUCUUUAAAGUCUAUUUAAAUCCUUCUCUUAGCAGAUCAAUCCAUACAAACACUUGACGGUAAAAGAUCAGCUCUACUUGAGCUUCAGGGAGAAAUUUCCUCUGAAGUUGAUCAACUUCACGCUGUUGUCCCCCAGUUUUACAUCUUCCACAGAAUCCUUUGGUUUUCUUGUUUUUUUUUCAGUGUACUAUAAAGAAAUUCUCAGGUCAGGAUUAUAUUUUUUGUUAAUGAACAUGAAGCUUCCGAUCCAUAAGUCAUUUGGGAUCUAAUCCCAACUCCAGUCAUUUUAUGAGUGAACAGGAACUGCUGGUAAACUCGGGUAGACGGUGGUAGCACCUCAAAUCAGUAGUUCAUGGUAAUUAAGUCAGAUCACCUGAAGAUACUGUAGAUAUGUUGAGCCUGCUUGGUGGUACAAAGUACUACAUGUAUUAGCAUUCCUCUCUGAAAGAUUAUUGGACUGUUUCUAAGAGCUGCUGGUGAGAUCUGUGUGUUGUCAGCUUUUCUGUUCCUCUAGUUUAUUCGAAAUUAAAAGGAAAAAUGAAAUGAAAACAGGAACUCAGUUAAAUUUUGCUAAACUGUGAUGUUUUCUGUAGACAGACUGGGACUGAUGUCAUGCAAAUGUUUUUUGUAUUUUAAACCUGUCAAAAUUUAUCACAACAUUUGAAUUUUACCAACAAAAACAUUUGUUUUCCACAUCAGAUAAUUCUUCCCUUUUUAAAAAUAAUUAUUUUUAUGCUAUAUGUGCAUACUUCUUUGCAGGAAGUUGGAUCAGAGUAUAAAUGCCAUUACAAGAGUUAACAAACAGAAGUUGCUUAGCAUAGAAACAGCUCUAAAACUGAAGUUUGAAUUGGUCCAACUAACAGGAUGAUUUAUGUUCUAGUAAUUGUUAUCUGCUUUGGACAGAGUUGAGCUCUGUGUGUUUCAGAUCUAGCACUAGGUUUAAAACUAAAAAACCUGAAAUUGUCUCAAAAGUUAUUUAUCCAGAAGCUGAGCUGACCUCUUCUAAGAAAUGUCAAACAACUGUUAAUCAAACUUGAACUAAGAAAUGGUUUAGAACGUAGACCCACCAGCGCCACCUGGUGGUGUAGUUCCUUCAAAAACAAGAAGGUGUAUGAAGUAAAAUUCAGACAAGAAGGAUCUCUUUUACCUCAUGAAGCCUAAAUGAACAGAACAUCUAAAAUAUUAAGCAUUCAAGGAAAGACGUGUGUUUCACUUUAGAGGCAUUGUUUAUUUAAUGUAACCAUUGUAAUGUAACCAAAUUGGUUUAUUAUAUGAUUGAAAGGAAUAAAAUCACUUCUUGAACAUGUUUUGUUACCAACGAAAGGUUUAUUUUAUGUGUAAAUAAUACGAAGCACAUUGAUAGUUUAUGGAUAAAUGGUGUUGGUCUGUAACUAAGUUAAUAAUAUCUUUUUGUUUUAUUAGCUUGUCAGAAUCAUCUCAUAUAGAGAUUUUUGAACAUAUCUGAUUUACUUGUGUGUUUUUUUUCCACCAUUUUUCUUUUAUUUGUUUAUCCCUGAAAACCAAAAUGAAAAACCCGUCAAGUUUUAUUUUAAACAACUUUGGAGUCAAAAACGUCUUGGGGGGGGGAGGGGGACUCUGGGAACUUUCUGAUCUGAAUCUAAUUAAAUCAUCAGUGGAAAUGAAUAUCACUUUCUCUGUGAAAGUGAAAGUAUUUCGGGAGUUUCUGCUGCCUACUUGUGUUUGAUUCAUAAAUUUACCUGCUGACUGUGACAUGUUGCACUACAUUGUAAUGAUGUACUACUGCUGUUUGGUUCUUUCACUGUAUUGUCGGUGAAUGAAUGCUUUAUUUUGUAUUUUGUGAAACAAAGUAAUACCUUUGACCAAG